UUUCAGAUUCUUGCAUGGUAUCGUCUCCUCCUGACGCUCUCUUUCGGCCGGUCCUUAUACGCUGCUCGCGUAUAGUGUUUGUUGGUGUCGGUACGACAGGCAAAAAUACACGAUUCUAUGAAUUUUCAUCAAAAACGGAGAAUGAGAGACUCUCCAUCAGUAUUAUCUGGAGACUUUAUCGACAGUGCUUGAAAAUGGGCGUAGCGGAGUAGUUUCAAAAAUAAAAGUGGGCGUAAAGCGCUGGAAACUGCUUAGCGAAAUGGUAACAAGUAAAACACCGGAGUGGCCGCUCUCAGGUUUCUCUCUGUUGUGACUCACCCCCACUACUGGAGUUCGGUCUCUUCGUCUCCAGUCUUCUUCGACCUUGGUAGCGAAAACAAUUGCUAAUAAUGUGAAAUAAAUACCGAACACGGACGGCAACAGCAAACGUGCGAGAGAAACUGAAUCAGGCGAAAAUAAAUAAAAGAAGUCAUGGCUACGAGUUUCAUGGUGCGAAAGGGCCUGCGCUCCAUCGGCGUUUACUGCUACGCUACGUGGAGCAGGUCGAGGAACUUGAGGCACGUCGGAGCAGGAAUCCUGACGGGGUUCGCGGCGUACAGUGUAUCUAGGGUUACGGUUUUCGCCGCGCAAAACGACCUGCAUAAUUACGUUAAGACCUUCAUGGCGGAGCCCGUCACAGCCGUUGAAAAAUUGCAGAAAAGCCCGAGCGACAUGAGAACGCGAAUGGAGCUGCUGGUGAUGAAGACCCAGGCAGACUUCUGCCGGGCCCUCGAGUCGCUGGAGACCGACAAGUCGUUCAAGGUGGACCGUUGGACCAGGAAGGAGGGCGGCGGCGGUGUCACCUGCGUGCUGCAGGACGGCCAGGUGUUCGAGAAGGCCGGCGUCAACGUGUCCGUCGUGACAGGCGUGCUACCGCCAAGCGCGAUCCAGCAGAUGCGGGCGCGCGGCAAGAAGAUGGAGGACUCGGUGCCGUUCUUCGCCGCCGGUGUCAGCGCCGUCAUCCACCCUCGCAAUCCCAUGGUCCCGACGAUUCACUUCAAUUACCGCUACUUCGAGGUGACAAACCCGGACGGCAGCACGCAGUGGUGGUUCGGCGGCGGCACGGAUCUCACUCCGUAUUACCUGAACGAGGAGGACACCAGGCACUUCCACCAGGCGUUGAAGACCGCGUGCAACAAGCACGAUCCCGCCUACUACGCCAAGUUUAAGAAGUGGUGCGACGAUUACUUCAACAUCGUGCACCGGGGCGAGCGGCGCGGUGUGGGCGGGAUAUUCUUCGACGACCUUGACACCCCGGGUCAGAACGAGGCGUUUCAGUUCGUCACCUCCUGCGCGGAGGCGGUCAUUCCAUCGUACAUUCCCUUGGUCAGGAAGCACAAAGACGACGGCUACGGGUACUGCGAGAGGCAGUGGCAGCUGCUGCGACGGGGCAGAUACGUCGAGUUUAAUUUGAUCUACGACCGCGGCACCAAGUUCGGCCUGUACACGCCUGGCGCGCGAUACGAGAGCAUACUCAUGUCCCUGCCGUUGAAUGCCAAGUGGGAGUACAUGCACGAGCCGGAGGCCGGCUCGAGGGAGUCGCAGCUUCUGGAGGUGCUGAAAAACCCCAAGGAUUGGCUGGGCGAAGCCAAGUCGGGCAAUGCGCGAGUGUAGUUUGUAAAAGCAGUCGUGAAAUGUAACAUUCGCGAGUGCGAGGGGACCAUGCAAUACGGGUUAUCUUAGUAUAUAAGUAGGAUUUUUAAUGACAGAGAGAAACCUACGGAUGCGAUAUUUUCAGAGAGUUGACUUACGUAGGAAACUUGCAAUAUUUCGCUGACCACGUACGUCAACGUCAGCCGGAUGUGAUACUUCAAGUGCCAGACAUUGCGGAACUGUGUCGUAAAUGAUCGUAUAAGAAGAGUAGAUGCGAAUUUUGUACAAUAUACAUGUAUUAAUUAAUAACUGGUCUUGUAUACAAUCGUACGUACAUUGAAAUUUAUAUUUCCCGAAGAAAUCAAUACAUAAAAGUAAAAAUGAGAUAAAAGAAUGCAGUAUAUAAAAUCUCUCGAGCCGCUUUAACGAACGACAGUCAUUUUAAAAACUUAAAUAUUAAACAUUAUUUACAGUAUAAUACCAGGCAUCGUUAUCAGAAACGACCUGUUUUUCGUUAAGACGUAUAUGUGUAUACUUAUACGGAAGUCGGUGGUAAUCAUAGUCAAUUUCGUAAAUUUAGCUUAAUACUCAGUCUUCGGGGUUUACAGAAAAUUCCACUCCUAAUUAGGCAGUUAUACAAAGCAAGGGUCACCUUGCUGAAACGAGUUGCAAUAUCAUAUCCACUUUAGGUAUCAUAUAAAUGCGCGGCGAAGGUAUUUCUAAACCUGUAUAAAAUAUUACAUAAACAAUAAUAUCGCGAUAUGCUAUAAAAUUGA